AUGGCGGCAGCUGCGGUGCUGCCAGCACCCACGCACUUCAAAGCAGCUCGAGCCGUGGUGGCGGUAAUGGAGGCAUACCGCGACGCGCGCGUGCAGUUCGUCAUGAAAGUCGGCGAACUCGCCGUUUCGCCUCAGUGCGCUUUGUAUGCAACGCACAUCAGUCCCACCGCUGUCUUCGUUCCCUCUUCUUACCCUCACAUCUUUUUCUCCAUCCACCCCCUCGUCGUCCCUCUUUUCACCCUCCAAUCCCUCGUCAUCCCCUCUCGUCUCCCUCUACCCACCAGCGGCACCAAUCGCCACCACAAGCGCGCAGCAGCAUAUCUAGUCAAGGCUGUGUCACGCCACGCUGGCGCUGAGCUGGCAGAGGCGGGCGUGCUGCCGCUGCUGACGGAGUGCCUUCUGGAUGUCAUGCUGGCGGUGCGCGAGACUGCUGCGUGCGCAUUAGGCCACGUGGCAAAGCACAGCGGUGACAUGGCGAUGAGAGUGGUUGAGACGGGUGCAGUGCGGUUGCUGCAAGUGUUGGACCAACCCGGAGCGUCCCGUGUGCUGCUCUGCCUGCACGACUCAUCGCCCUCCCUGCGCGCAUCAGCAGCAGCGGCCGUGAGGGAGGUGGCGAGGCAGGGACCGGCAGCAGCAGGCAGGCUGGUGGGCAUGGGGGGCAUGGGGCCUUUGCUCGAUGCUGUGGGCACAUGGAGGGACGAGGGCGAGGGGGAGGGCAUUACAAAAGGUUCUGCCAAGGUUUCAGUGGUGGUGGCCCUCGGCUUCCUGGCAGCUUCCUCACCAGACGCAGCGCUGGCAGUGGUGGCAUCGGACGGCAUAUCCCCGCUGCAGGAUCUGAUAGUGGAGGGUGAUGCUGACGCCACUCUUGAAGGGGCCUGCGCGUGGGCGCUCUCACAAAUGGCUUCCCAUGGUCCCAGCCAUGCCAAGGCAGUUGCAGACAGUGGAGUGUUGAUCGACAUGGUAACAGCACCCACUGUUCACCUCCCUGCUCCUGAUCCUGCUGCCGGGCCUGCCGCUGCUGAUACAGUGGAUGGUGCGGCUGUUGCAUCCGCGGCUUCUGAAGGAAGAGGCUCGGCAGCGGAGGCUCGGGAGCGCUUGGUGCGGGCAGUGAAGGACGUGGUGGUUCGGUUGAACGACAUCGAAGCUCUUGAUGCACUGCUGCAGGUAUAUUGCUUGCACCCCGCAUCCACACUUCACCUAAUGCCUUCUCCUCAUCCGCAUCAAAAAUCACUCUCACUCGUCACCCUCACACACUUACACUUCUCCCAACCCUCCUCCCCGCAUUCUCUACCCUGUGCCCUUCCUCCUCUCCCACUCCCCCCGUCUUUCCCCCCUACCCCCUCCCAUUCCCCCCUUUCAUUCACUCCCUUCCCCCAUACAGCGGACAAAGCUGCCAGAUGGCAUAUUGGAGUCUGUCCUGCAUCGCAUGUCCUCUGCAUGGGAGAUUCUUGCCAUGCAGCUGACUGA